AUGAUACCAGUUAGCCUUGUGCACGCAUCCCUGGUAGCCCCAGUAGCCCUGGUAGCCCUGACAUCCCUGGUAGCCCUAGUAGCCCUGGUACCCCGGGUAGCCCUGGUAGCCCUGACAUCCCUGGUAGCCCUGGUAGUCAUGGUAGUCCUGGCAUCCCUGGUAGCCCUAGUAGCCCUGGUAGCCCUGACAUCCCUGGUAGCCCUAGUAGCCCUUGGUAGCCCUGGCAUCCCUGGUAGCCCUAGUAGCCCUUGCCCUAGUAGCCCUGGUAGCCCUGGCAUCCCUGGUAGCCCUAGUAGCCCAGGAAUCCCUGGUAGCCCUAGUAGCCUUGGUAGCCCUGACAUCCCUGGUAGCCCUGACAUCACUGGUAGCCCUGGUAGUCCUGGUAGCCCUGGCAUCCCUGGUAGACCUAGUAGUCCUGGUAGCUCUGGCAUCCCUUUAGCACUAGUAGACCUGACAUCCCGUAGCCCUGUCAUCCCUGGUAGCCCUGGUAGCCCUGGCAUCCCUGGUAGCCCUAGUAGCCCUAGUAGCCCUGGUAGUCCUCGUAUCCCUGGUAGCCCUGGCAUCCCUAGUAGCCCUGGUAGUCCUCGUAGCCCUGGUAGUCCUGGUAGCCCUAGUAGCCCUAGUAGCCCUGGUAGUCCUCGUAUCCCUGGUAGCCCUGGCAUUCCUAGUAGCCCUGGUAGUCCUCGUAGCCCUGGUAGUCCUGGUAGCCCUGGCAUCCCUGGUAGCCCUAGUUGCCCUGGUAGUCCUCGUAUCCCUGCAAAGUAUCUAUGGCUUAAAUUAAUUAAAUUAAAUUCUUCUGAACCAAUACGGGUAGACAACAAAAAUAGAAAUGAAAGAACCUCAAUCAAUAUCUAUCUAUCUAUCUAUCUAUCUAUCUAUCUAUCUAUCUAUCAUUAA